AUGAACUUGAAUCGCGAGCAGCUGGCCACUGUCAAGUCUUACUCGGACAUCGGCAAAUCAGCAUUUUCCCAACUAAAGCAGCAAAAUGAAAAUGACGAAUUUGAUGGAGACGAAACAGAAAACUCAGCAAAUAAAUUUGCACCAGCGGCGAAGAGAUGCCUUGAGCUGGUCCUUGAAGUGCAGGGAUCAGAAAUUAUUGCGAUUGAGAAGGAGAACUUGCCAGUGUUGAACCGGGGCAUUGAGAAGGUGAUGAGAUUGAUGCUCAUCCCACCGAUGAAAAUGAGCAAAAAUGUGUUGUUGCUCAAGAAGCGAAACGUCAAAUUUUUAACCGACGGUGAUGGAGGAAAUGCUUCGACAGAGCGCUUGGAGGAGAGUUCCAAAACCUUUUCGAAGAAACAAGUGGAGAGCGCUAUCGUUGUGCUCGAUGAUUCCGAUGACUUUGACGACGACGGCGAUUUUGACGAAGCAAUAAGCCAAAUCGACAAAAGUAAUUCGAAGACGAAUGAAGAUGAGUUCGAUGAUGACGAUGAUUUCUUAGAAAUCGUAGCGUCAAGCAGUAGCAAACCGAUAAAAAAGUCGACUGCUUCGACAAUUCAGCCUGAAGAUGACUUCGACGAUGAUGACUUUGAUGACAUCGACUACGACGCCAUGGCUCUUGACCAGCAAAGGGAACAAGAGAGACUUGAGCGAGUAACAUCAGCAGCAACUAAAGCUUCGACUCCAGAGCCAACGGACAUAACUGACCUUGACUUCGCGAAUCCAUUCGACAGCAGCGAUGACGAUGACUGCGUUGUGAUUGAAGAUAACGAGCCACUUGUUGAAAAUGAUUUUAAAAAUGUGAGAAUUUCCCAAGAACGAGUUCCCGAAGGCUUUGAAGACACACGAUUCUUGAUUGAAGCUGAUAUCUUGCCGAACACAUUCCAAAUUAUUGGUUGCAUAAGAGCACUAACAAGCAAAAUCGAACAAAACAAACAAGGAGAGUUCAAUGUUAACGCCACUAUUGCGGAUUGCUCAGGAACACUGCCGGCCCGACUGAGCCAUAACGCGUUCGAAUACAUGUUUCAAAUGACCAUUCCAACGAGUCCGAUGAAAUCUUGGAACAAACAAUCAAGAGAUGUCUUCAAAGAAAAGGGCCAGUUUGCUCAAAAGCGCAUUUACGACUUCUUCGGACAUAUAUUUUUACGAAAACUGAAAAAUUCUGAACCGAGUUACGAAAUUUAUCGAUUCGUUGAAAUAGUAUAA